AUGAUUGGAAAUUACCUUGUUUCCAUAAAUGAUUCCAAAAAUGGUCUUCCUCGUAAAUUUUUAGUCGGACCACCUUUUUAUGAACAAGUAAAAAGUUAUAUUUCAUUGAGGCCUGAAGAUUUUGAUUCAGGGAGAUUUUUUGUGCAAUUCUUAAAAGGCAAAUGUACUCCACAACCGAUAGGGAAAAAUAAAAUAGGUCAAAUUCCGAGAAUUAUCGCUGAGUUCCUGAAAUUGGCUAAUCCAGAACGUUACACUGGACAAUGCUUACGCAGGACAUCAGCGACAUUGCUAUCAAAUUCUGGUGCUAGUAUUACAAUGUUGAAACAAUUGGGAGGAUGGAAAUCGGUUAUAUUGAAAACUCCUUGCUUAAUACAAAAAAUCUUUAAUAAGAUUACUCAUGCAGAUCAAGUUGUUCCUCCGUCAGAUAAAAAUCUUCAACAAUUUACAAGUAAAACUAAUCCAGCUAAUUCUGAAACUUUUAUUCAAAAUGAUCAAUCUGUAUCAACAGAAACUAAUGAUGAAGAUUGUCUUGAAGAAAUUGUUUUGGAUGCCACUUUGACGAUAUGUACAAUUUACGACGCAAAAAAUCUGUAUAUAUAUGAUUCAACUAAUAAUAAAACAUUAAAUUCAAGCCAAAAAAUUUACUUAGAACGUUUGUAUCAUGAUUAUUUUGAGAAUAAAAAACCCAUACAUUUCCUAAAAGUGCAGCAACAGCCUAACGGACUUGAUUGCGGAGUAUUUGCAAUUGCUUUUGCAACUUCGCUUGCAUUUAAUGAGAAACCAGAAAAUUUAAUCUAUGAUUAUCCAUUAAUAAGAAAACAUUUACUAGAAAUUUUUAAAUCACAAACCCUUCCAUUAAUUAGUGACAAGCAUACGAAAUUACAAUUAUCAACUUUAGAUGUACUAAAUAACAAUGAAAAAAAAGCACUUAGUAUGCGAUUGAACAGAUUGAAAUCUAAAAAUAAUGGUAAUGUAUCACAGAUAAAAACUGAAAGGGUUAAUAAAAAUUCUGAAAUAUUCGCAGAUUCGAAAAAGAUCACACUUACUAAUAAUAAAAUGGAAGAAGUAAAUAAAAAAAAAGAAAGUUUUCUCAUGUUAGUAUUUCAAAUGAUUGUACGAAUAAAAAUUUUCACAAUAACAGAAAACUUUGUAGUGAUAUUCAUGUAAAUAAUAGCAUAAAGUCUUUAGUGAUUGAGAAAUAUGAUAAACUAUCAUUAAAAUCUAAUAAAAAUGAUCAGAAUAAAAAUAAAGUAUCUCAAAAACAGGUAAAAAGCUAUGAGUAU